UAACAUGUUAAAAUCUGUAUGGAUGUUACUUCUUCCUUCUCUUCUUUUCUGUGCCCCGCCCUAAAACAUUUUAACUCCCAGUCAUUAAUUUGCUUGGUUUCAGUACCCACGGCAAUCAUGAGCAGCUCCAGGCAGGUACCACCUACAAAAAGGGACCUAACAGCUACAUAUCUGAAACGGAAGAAAAAAAAUGAAGAAAGCUUAAAGUCAUCAGGAACAGCAUUUAUUGGACAGGUUAUAAAGUUUUGGAAUAGCUCCCUGUGGGUGGGAGUUGACAGAAUAGAAGAUUACGUGGAAAAGUUGCUUCACAGCAUCUUUUUCUUAGGUCACAUUAAUGAUGUCCGUCUUCUUCCAACUGACUUCUUUGAGUCUCAAGAGGUGAUGGACUAUUUAGAAAAACGUUUUCCUAAGACAUUCGACAAUUACAUGUCUCCACCCUGUCAGACUCCAUUUUCCAUUAUUCUGACUUUGGCUGUCAGGAUUUGUGGUCAUGAGAACGAAGAUAAAAUACAAGAAAAUCUUCUAAGUUUCAUGGAAGCAUUGAAAUUGCCCCCCAAAAUAAAAGGCGAGAGUAACUACACCAACUACUACACUCUGGAGGCUACUGUCAUAGCUGUGUGCUACAACGAAACCCCUGGAGCCCUCAGACCAGUGAAGUACUAUGGAGCAUCCCUGUCCUGCAGAGGGGAGAGAGCAAGGAGAAUUAUGAUCAAUCAGUCAUGUCUAAACGUGUGGCAUAACUAUGUGUCUUAUGCAGUGUUGUCAUUCAGACAUGAACAGGGAAACGGUAUCAGCUUCCCUGGCACCGUAAAAUGUAGAGCAUUCUACAGGAAUCACAAGAACAAUUGUUAUGAAGCCCGAAGGCCGUGCAAGAACUGUGGGGAUCUUUUCUCUCUCUCAAACCCUGAGACGGACAGAAAUGACUUUCCCUACGGAAAAUGUGCCGAAACGGAGUGCCUGAGUAAACUAAUUUUAAAAGAUAAGGAUGUCAGGAGAAAAAUGAUUUUGGGAAUCUACUACACAAGGGAAAACCUGAGAGGUCUUAGAAAAAUGGCAGAAAUAGCUUUGGGACAGAGUCUUAUGGCAUAAGUCUACUUAGCACCUCUGAACAGUGUGCAUUUGGCCGUCAUUUUCAAACCAACUGCAAACUGUGACUGUGUAAACUUCUAUUAUGUGAUCAGGAUGUCUGCAGCAAUAUGAGUUUUGUACACUACACAAGAGAAAAUGUCUUAGAAAAAUGACAGAAAAUGCUUUUGAACAUUUAGGUUUUGUUUCACACAGGAUUUAUACAUGGUGUUUUUGCUGUGUUUGACUUGGAAGUUUCCUCUGAAACUACAAGAACAAUGGUGUUCUUUAAUCACUCAACUGUGAUUAAGGCAACUGUGCCAUAGUCAUAAUGCACAAGUAAAUGGUUUCUGUCACUGAGAGUUGUGAAUUACAGCUCGGAUAAACAAUACAAUUAUUACCACUAAUAAAUAACAGACAUAAAAAGAAGCCACCUUGAGAAUACAGUUGUUUUACUUUUUGGUUUGGUCUUUGUGUUUGGUUGUUUAAUUUUAAUUUUUUUUAUUUUGGGGGAUGUUUAAUUGUAAUAAGCUAUCAACUUUGUCCCUUGUUAAAUAGUCUGCCAUGUGCUUUGUGUCACAGUGGAAAAUGAAUGAAAUGAAAAUGAACACAUUUCUGAUGUGACAGGAAACUGCAGAAAGGAUGUGACACUGAACUUGUUUGAAUGUAUUCAGUGAAACCCCAGCUAAAAGAGUGGACUACAACAACAGACAGCACCAUGAAUAUCUAACCUUGUUUGAAUGUAUUCAGUGAAACCCCAGCUAAAAGAGUGGACUACAACAACAGACAGCACCAUGAAUAUCUAACCUUGUUUGAAUGUAUUCAGUGAAACCCCAUCUGAAAGAGUGGACUACAACAACAGACAGCACCAUGAAUAUCUAACCUUGUUUGAAUGUAUUCAGUGAAACCCCAGCUAAAAGAGUGGACUACAACAACAGACAGCACCAUGAAUAUCUAACCUUGUUUGAAUGUAUUCAGUGAAACCCCAGCUGAAAGAGUGGACUACAACAACAGACAGCACCAUGAAUAUCUAACCUUGUUUGAAUGUAUUCAGUGAAACCCCAGCUGAAAGAGUGGACUACAACAACAGACAGCACCAUGAAUAUCUAACCUUGUUUGAAUGUAUUCAGUGAAACCCCAGCUAAAAGAGUGGACUACAACAACAGACAGCACCAUGAAUAUCUAACCUUGUUUGAAUGUAUUCAGUGAAACCCCAGCUGAAAGAGUGGACUACAACAACAGACAGCACCAUGAAUAUCUAACCUUGUUUGAAUGUAUUCAGUGAAACCCCAGCUGAAAGAGUGGACUACAACAACAGACAGCACCAUGAAUAUCUAACCUUGUUUGAAUGUAUUCAGUGAAACCCCAGCUGAAAGAGUGGACUACAACAACAGACAGCACCAUGAAUAUCUAACCUUGUUUGAAUGUAUUCAGUGAAACCCCAGCUGAAAGAGUGGACUACAACAACAGACAGCACAAUGAAUAUCUAACCUGGUUUGAAUGUAUUCAGUGAAACCCCAGCUAAAAGAGUGGACUACAACAACAGACAGCACCAUGAAUAUCUAACCUUGUUUGAAUGUAUUCAGUGAAACCCCAGCUAAAAGAGUGGACUACAACAACAGACAGCACCAUGAAUAUCUAACCUUGUUUGAAUGUAUUCAGUGAAACCCCAGCUAAAAGAGUGGACUACAACAACAGACAGCACCAUGAAUAUCUAACCUUGUUUGAAUGUAUUCAGUGAAACCCCAGCUGAAAGAGUGGACUACAACAACAGACAGCACCAUGAAUAUGUAACAUUGUGUUUCUUUAUGACACAAACUUAUCUUGUAAAUAUUUUGAAUCCAUCAAUAAAUGAGAAUUGUUAAAAGUU